AUGGAAAUUCAGCACGUGCAGCAGCUAUUCACUGACAAGACCACGGCGACAUCCACCCCGUCCCCGACAUCAUGCGCUGCCCCCGAUGCCGACGGCCUGGUGGAGGCAUCCACUCCAGCGGUGUCCUCGCCGAAAUUUACCACUGCAGCUUCUACGGCUCUGAGCGCUGAGGACAUCCCGGACACCAAGUCGCCACCCAGGGCUUUGACGCUUUGCCUCGGCCACGACACGGACGCGCCGACUUCUGCCAGCGCCGUCACCGCUGUUCAGACUUCGCCGUCAACCUCCUCCAUGCGCGACGUCACCACCAGCAACCCAGAACACGCUGCUGCGCCUCUAUCCACCAUCGACGACGUCGCCAAGGUUGUCACCACAGCCAUGCCCACCAGGUGUUCGACGCCGGGUCGCGGCUGCGACGCGCGCGUUCCGGCGCCCAUGAGCGAUCCUGACACCACCCCGACUCCACUCACGGCCACGUGCACGCUCGUCAUGGACAAGGGACGCGAUUUCUACAUCGAUGGCGAUAGCUACGUCAGCCACUACGCGCACGACGCCACGAGGGAGUCCGACGAGAAUGCAGGACAUUGA